AUGUCCUACUCAGUCAACAGAAAGGCAGGCGUAGCCCAAAUCCACCUACUGCUCUACUCUACCCUCCUCGGCACCGAGCUAUACCAAAGCUUCGUCAUAACUAAAGUCUGCUACCAAGUCCUCCCGCGGUCUGCGUUCACGACCUUGCAGAAGAGGAUCUUCCCUCUAUACUUUCAGGGCCAAACGUUGCUGCUAGUGCUGACAGCGGCCACUGUGCCACCGUACGGACCUCUGUCGCUCCUGGAAUCGAAAAGCGAUUGGAUACCGUUUGUGGUCGCUGGCAUUAGUGCUAUCAUCAACCUGACAGUGUUUGGGCCGAGGACUAGACAAGGUAUGAUUGAUCGCAUACACCAAGAAACUCGCGAUGGCAAAAUGUACGGCGCUACAGAUACCACAACCGAAUCCAGCGAUGAAAUGCGUCUUGUCAGUCGAGCUUUUUCGAGGAACCACGCGGUGAGCAUUCACUUGAACCUGAUUACUAUUGGGGCGACAUUAUGGUACGGCUGGCGGUUGGCUUCGAGGUUCUAGUUUUGGAUGUUAAAGGAAGGUUACGGAGGACACCGGCAUAAGCGGCUUUUAGUUCAGGUUUAUUAGAGAUUGGCUCGCGCUACCGGUAGAUAAAUAUCCAUGCCAAUAUAGAGAUAUGAAGCCGUAGUUAGAUCGCUUCAAUGGCCCAAUGUUUGUUGAAGAACGAAAAUAUCAGAAUUGGGACCGUAGAC